AUGCUUCGGGUGGACUGUGUUACGGAGGCCGCCUCGGCGGAGAUGUUGGCCUCGGCCAUGGCGAGCGCUGGGAUGCCGCCCGAGGAGAUUCAUCAGGCCAAUCCAUUGGAUGUCCUGCACCACUUUGAGCAGCUCCUGCCCCCCAAGUUGACGCGAAUGCUCAGUACAGGCUCAUUUGUGGAGUCCUGCUUAGCCGAUUUUCAAGAGGUGUCUGGUGGGAAGCAGUUGCCUAUCGAAGAUGCUGCGACCAUGGUUUGCACCCUGGUCAACAGUCUUCGAAUCGAACCCAGCCUUGCACUCUCGGAGGAGCGGUGCCUGCGUUUGGCGCAGAAAUAUGAUGUGGACUCCUUGUUCUAUGUGGGACCUCAGGAGUUUCUGGACCUGUUGCGCUAUGUGGUUGUCGUGAGGCAUAGUGAAACCUUGCGAUAG